UGCGCGGGGAAGGGCGCGCGGCGGCACCGGCGGCCGCCAUGGCGGUGGACAUCACCCUGCUCUUCAAGGCCAGCGUGAAGACCGUGAAGACCCGCAACAAGGCGCUGGGGGUGGCUGUGACGGGGGACGGCGCCAGGGACGAGCUGCUCAAGCGGGGCACCGCCCGCUCUAAAAGCGACUUCACCAGCAGGGCGCGGGAGGUGAUUUCUCAUAUUGGAAAGCUGAAAGAUUUUCUUCUACAACACAGAAAAGAUUAUAUUAAUGCUUACAGCCAUAUUAUGUCUGAAUAUGUGAGGAUGACGGACACAGAGCGUGACCAGAUAGAUCAAGAUGCCCAGGUGUUUAUGAGAACAUGUGCUGAUGCCAUUCAUCAGCUCAGAACAGAAGCGCACAAGGGCGUCCAGUCUGCUCAGGUGAAGGAGCACAGAACAGCAGUCUUGGACUUCAUUGAAGAUUACUUAAAAAGAGUGUGCAAGCUGUAUUCUGAACAAAGAGCCAUCCGAGUUAAGCGAGUGAUAGACAAGAAAAGACUGUCCAAACUUGAACCUGAGCAGAGCAAUGUGUCCAAAUCUACUCUUUCCACUGAAAAAUCUUCACAGAGUCCUUUAGAGGAUUCUGAAGAAAAACUUUGUGCUGAGGAAAGCAAAGACAGGAAUCUGCCUGAUGCCCAAAGUAACCUUGGAUUAUGGGGGGAUGGCAGAGGUGAAGAUGAGCUGUCACCUGAAGAAAUACAAAUGUUUGAACAGGAGAACCAGAGGCUUGUUGGUGAAAUGAACAAUCUCUUCGAUGAAGUCAGACAAAUUGAAGGAAAAGUGGUGGAAAUCUCCAGAUUACAAGAGAUAUUCACUGAGAAGGUCCUGCAACAGGAAAGUGAUAUUGACAAUAUCCAUCAAUUAGUUGUGGGUGCAACAGAGAAUAUAAAAGAAGGCAAUGAAGACAUAAGAGAGGCCAUCAAAAACAAUGCUGGAUUUAGGGUAUGGAUCCUCUUCUUCCUUGUGAUGUGUUCAUUCUCCUUGCUUUUCCUGGACUGGUAUGAUAAUUAAUUAAACAUACUAUUGGCUCCAUGCUCUGUUUGUAAAUGGUGUGACAUUUUUUUAGUGGAGGGGGGUCGAUGAUGGAAAUAUUUUCCAAAAAGUUAAGUGUGUGCACAUAUACUGUUGUACAUUUCAUUUUAAAUCCCUGUAUCAAACAUAAAACCACGCUUAUCCUCUGGAGAACAUAAAAGUCUUUGAAAGACCUGCAAAGAAAGCUACAAGCUGGAGCAGAGCUAAAAGAAGAAAAAACAAUACUGGUUUUGUCACAGCCACCCACCUGUGCUGUGGGAAGUCCAGUUCCCCUCCCAGAUCAAGAGAAAACUGUUACUGUGCAAGAGCAUCUACACUGUCUCAGGCGUUUAUUUCAUCACACCACUUCAGUACACAGUGAUCACUUUGCACAUAAAUGACCUUUACUUCUAAUCCUUUGAAACUACUUGACUCAGAAAUCAGCUUGAUCUAAAAGUGGUUAAUAAUGAUAAGGAGUCAACAAAAGAGCUUUACUUGUAAGUGAAAAGAGAGAAUACAACACAAACAGAUUGUGCAAUGAAACAGAUGUUCUGGGAUGCUGGAACAAAGCCAAAGGAUAGACAAUUAAAGUCAAACUCUUCAAAGUACUAAAACUGAGAGCAAUUUGUUAACUAAAAAGUCUCAAACCCAAGUGUAGAUAAGACUCAAUAAACUCCCUCCUGAUAAAUCACAGGGAAAAUGGUUUUGACUUCAAGAAGCAUAAAUGAUCUAUUUCUCCUAGAUCGUAAGGCUUACUAAUUUUUAUUGGUACAAGAAGAAAAAGAAGUUGUUUCUUAUCAGUAUUUACUUAUGCAUUGAAGUUUUUAUUGUCCUAAAUUUAAGGGGAAGAGAUGUAUCGUGAAUCAUUUCUAUUUAAGACAGUCUUGGGAAACAGACCUUUCCAUCCUGUAAAAUCUGAAUGUCCUUUACAAGUACGUUGAUAUGAAAUGUGUGAGUUUUCCUAUCUCUCUUCUGAAAUGUAUAUUUCUAUACAUUUUAUGCAAUAGGCAGCACCAUUCUUAUUCUUCAGAGUGAAAAUGUCAAAAGUUACAUGUGAAUUAAUUAUAUUCAAUAAAGCAGAUGCCUGUUAGAAAAUGCAAACAUGGUGUGUUUUAAAGAUCUUAACAUAAGCUUGAUAUUUUUAAAUGCAAAGAAAAAUUUGGCACAUAAUUUAUUGCUUCUUAGGCAUUCCACAUACCAUGAUGACUUAAUAAAAAGCCUUUUACAGCUGCACUGUGUAAUGCACAUUUCCUAUCAAAUUGAGAGCAUUGAGUCAUAAUGGUUAUUUUUACUGCAUUGGGAUGACAGGCUUCUGCUGAAGAAAAAGAAGUAGAGCUGACCACAUUUGUUCUACUAUAGAUCUUAAGAAACAGCCUAUACUGAUGUUUACCCUUAAUUUUUGUACAGACUCUACCAAAGAAAAAGGAACUUUUGACAUGUCCACUCUCCCUUGUCCCAGUCAAGUUACAUGAAUAAAAAGGCAACUUGCUUUCUCAGAUGCUUCA